AUGGAUCGUCGAGUAUUAAUAGCAUUAGCUAUAAAUAUUAGCAAUAACUGUUUACAAGAGAUAAUGGAUAGUGACAGUAGUGAUAGUGAUGUUUCUGAUGAGGAGUUGGAUAUGCGAAUAUUGCAAUUACGAGGACCUCAACGCAAACCUGCAAGAAUUGUAGAUUAUGUAGAGCGUACAAUUCUGCAACUUAAUUGUGAACAAUUCAGGCAACAUUUUCGUAUGACCCCCACAACGUACAAUCAACUCGAACAGAGGUUGGCACCUAUUUUGCAAGGAGAUAUUGGUGUGAAGCCUCACAUACCAGUCAGGAAGCAAUUGCUUGCAACCCUUUGGUUGUUGGCUACACCAGAUUCCUACAGAUCUGUAGGGGAAAGAUUUGAUAUGAGCAAGAGCUCACUCAGCGUAAGUUUCAUGAGGGUUGUAAAAGCCUUGAAUGACAUCGCUAUAGAUAUUGUACAGUGGCCAAGAGGAGACAAAUUAGCAAUAGUAAAAGAAAAAUUUCAAAGUUUAUCAGUACUACCUGACAUUAUUGGGGCUGUGGAUGGUACUCACAUUUCCAUAAAAAAGCCACAUAAAGACUCUUUGUCUUACAAGACAUACAAAAGAAGAUAUGCCGUAAUACUUCAGGCUGUAUGCGACUCUGACUUAGUAUUUUUGGAUUGCUUUGCCGGUUACCCAGGAUCUGUCGGUGAUAUAAGAGUAUUUAGGAAUUCUGAUCUUUGGUCAGAAGUGCACAGAAAUAGACAAUUAUAUUUUCCUAACGAGGAAUACAUCAUUGGUGACAAGGCUUACCCUGUUUUACGUUGGUGUAUUUCUCCUUAUCGUGAUCGUGGUAAUCUUACAGAAAAUCAAAAAAGGUUUAACAAGGCAUUAUCUAAAGUUCGAUAUAUCCGUAUUCAACUCUUAGUUGGAAAUUCUGAUAUGUACACAAGUGUCUGGAAAUCCAAGUAUAAUCCGGAUGCAAUAUUUCUUGUUUAUAGGGACAUAUCUGGAUUUCCAGUGCAAAAAACCGCAUAUUUCCCAUUAACGUCGUUUUUGGAUUUACAUUUGUCUGGAAUUCCACGCCAAAUGCAAUACGGUUUAUAUACGGUGAUCCAAUAUAUUUGGAUAAACCUGGAAUUCCAUGUGUACAUGAAUGUGGUUGCUGUACGCGCCAGCUCGUGGAUUCUGAUCGGUGGAUUAACGUGGAAAUCUAUACAUGGCGCAAUACGGAUAUUACAUGUCGAUUCACUUUCAAAACAGGAUAAUCCUGGAAUUCCACGUUAA